AUGAAGAAGGAGGUUGACAAAGAAUUAAACAGUUGUGAAGUGUGUACAAGCGCUGCACAUAAGUACAAAUGCCCGUCAUGCCAUACAAAGUAGUAAGUAUGAUCGAAAUAACAUGCCUCGAUUCCAACGGCCAUGUUUCCAACCUUAAGCUUAGCUAUUCUCUAAUGUUAUUUAUUUUUCUCUUUUUGCAGCUGUUCUCUCUCCUGUUUCAAGACACAUAAAGGUAAAAUUGAAUUUGGUUACCCGAUAGAAUUUUAGCAUCAUUUGUAAUGUGCCAUUGUGACUGUCGGAUGUUUGUGUUGUUGUUCAUGGUGAUGAUGAUGAUGACGACGGUGAUGGUGGUGGUGGUGGUGGUAGUAGGGAAUAAUUCUAUCAAUUUUUAUUUCAUGUUUCGCUGAAUACUUAGAGUGCUCAGGGUUAUUAAUUCUUUAUUUAAGGUUGGCAAUGUGAAUAAUGAUGAAAAUAUGAAAAGGUAUCUUUCUGAUGGUGAUGGUCACAGGACCUGAUGUAAUGAUCUGUAUAUUUUUCUCUAUUUAGCCCCCUGGGGACCAGAGACCGUAUUUUUUUUCAGUGUCUUUCUAUGGGGUGUAGAGAUAUUUCCCGCAUUCCUCUCCAGUAAGCGUGCACAAUCAUAGGGGGUCAAGCUUAGCCUUGAAGUCUUUUUCAAAGUAGACUGUUUCCUGCAAAUCUCUGUUAUUUCAUCACUCCAACCUCCAGUUGGUGCCUUUGUUCACAGUGUUAUGGGAAUGGUCUAUUAGAGGCUAGGGAGUUUUUCAGAGGAAAUAUGGUAUUCUCCAGGCAUGUUUCGAUUGAGAAAUUUGGAUUUAGGUUUUGAAAGUCGGAUUUCAGAUCUUGCAACGAAAUCCAAAAUCCAAAAUCAGAUUUCAACUUUUAUUGUAGAAAUUCAGCCUCAAGGUGGAUUUCAAUUAAGAUACCCAAAGUUGGAUUUCAUGGAUUUUCUUCUUUACCACUUUAUUGGAAAAUCCGAAAAAGGAUUUGUGAAACUGUUGUCGGGAACACUGGUCUUUUUCUACUUACUAUGCAUGGGUGUGCUGGACUGCUGUUCUUGAGAAUGUAGAUUGUCUUUUUCAAAUCCAUUUUCGCAUUUCCCAGUAAGACUGAAGGAAACUUAAGGUAAUCCAAGGACAGAUUUUGUGCAAUUUACAUCUGUUCUUGGAUUUCACAUGUUAUUGAAAAUCAUAUAUCCGGAUUUCAAAAUCUAUAAAAUCCAGAUUUUCCAAUUGAAUGCAUCCCAAGCCUUAAUACCUAGAGUGUUAAUAAUAUUUGUGUGGACCUAACUAAGGUGAGGGGAUUUCAGUUGUCACUGUUCGUUUUUAACAUUGUUUCCUCAAUGGUCCAUUUUCAUUUUUAAGAGUAGCCUUUGUGUUCUUGUUUAUUGUAGAUGAUUUAUGUGAUAGAGAAAGUAGAAGAAGAAAGGAAGAGAGACAACAAGUAGUCGAGAAGAGCUCAAAUAAUGCAUGUACUGUAUACAAAGGUAAGCGAUGUCCAUAUAUCUUUUAAACUUCAGUUCACAUAUGUGAUUUGAUUUCACCUCAUUAUUUUUUUUCUUUUUCAAAACAGAAGAAGGUGAAAUCUCUGGUUCAGAUGAAGAGUCAGGUGAUGAAGACAGAGUCAGCGGACAUAUUCUUGAUAAACUGGGUGUGUAUAUAAUAAAAAUAUUGCCAAAAAUUUGAUGAUUUCUUGUCAACUUUCCUUAAACUUAGAUUGGAAAAAUCUCUCGUGAUGUUUGUUUUGUGAGAAGAUUUUUCGGAUCAAUUUAGGUUUCUGGGAACUGCCCACCUACCCCUCCCCUAAGCCAUCAUUUUGCCCUAAGUGAAAAGUAAGUGUUUAUGUUAGCUUAAGGGAGGGAUAGGUGGGCAGUUUCCCAGAACCUAAAUUGAUCUGAUUUUUCAAUCCCCUUGGGAGUUGGUCCCCUUGUCCACUACGAUUUUGCAUAAUAAUAGAUAUCAUUUCAGUUACUGAGUUUGUAAAAAUAAUUAUGCCCGCAAGUGUCUAUCAUUGGUAUCUUGGUAUUCUCUGAUGGUGAUGGCCUCUUUAAGCUGAUGGUCUCUUUAUGUUGCACUCUCAGCAGGGUUAUUUGAGAGUUGUAAAUGCCCUGAUGUGAAUUACUGUUUUUACAUUGUACUGCACAUCAGAAAAGACUCCUACCAUUUAACCACUACUGAUCCAGGGAAUGUGGAAAUUGGCAUUUCAGAGAGUCUAAUUUCACAAAAGCAGAGGGUAUGUCCCCCUUACACAUUCAAGCCUUUUGCAGUUCAAUGUUCAUUUGCUUCACGUAAGAAUCAAGAACUCAAAUGUCACCAACAACCCUGUAGGAGAGAACCCUGGGAAUGAGGUUGUGUUGUCUGUAGACUAUGAUGGAAUUGUCCCUAUCAGUCAUUCCCAGUGGAAUGUAAAUUCCAUAGUAGUCAUCAAGCUGGCUAACAGUCAGUAAGACUGUUUACAAUGUGAGAAAAUUUCUAGUGACACAUAAUAUUAGGGACGAAACAAACUUCAGGUUCACAAGGACUUGCUGAUGGCUGAUGAUCUUCACUGACUUGUAACUAUUUCUCUCAAGGUAAUUCCCAAGAACUAUGCAACAUGCUACAUAACAAGCACUUGCGAGAAAUGAUUAAAGAAAUUGACUCUUCAGAAGAUCCUGGAAAACUUCUCACACAAGCAAUGCAAAUUCCCAUAUUUACAGAGUUUGUAGAUGAAUGUUUAAGAAUUGUUGAACCACAAGAUGAAAACAAGAUGGAAGUCUGA